UUCACCUCUGCAUUUACCCAGUAACUCUGGCUGUGCCGGGUACCCCUUGGGUAAAACGGGCACCCCAGAAACAUGGCAGACGAAGAUCUCAUCUUCCGCCUGGAAGGUGUUGAUGGUGGCCCCCGAGCUGGCCAUGAUGGUGGUUCUGAUGGGGACAGCGAUGAUGAGGAAGGUUACUUCAUCUGCCCCAUCACCGAUGACCCAAGGUCAAACCAGAAUGUCAAUUCCAAGGUUAAUAAGUACUGCAGCAACCUAAUGAAAAGUGAGCGGUAUGGUUCCAGCGGAUCCCCGGCAAACUCCUUCCACGUCAAGGAAGCCUGGAAGCAUGCGAUCGAGAAGGCCAAGCACAUGCCGGACCCCUGGGCUGAGUUCCACCUCGAAGACAUUGCCACCGAACGUGCUACGCGACACAGGUACAACGCGGUCACCGGGGAAUGGGUGAACGAUGAAGUUCUGAUCAAGAUGGCAUCUCAGCCCUUCGGCCGAGGAGCGAUGAGGGAGUGCUUCCGGACGAAGAAGCUCUCCAACUUCCUGCACGCCCAGCAGUGGAAGGGAGCUUCCAACUACGUGGCAAAACGCUACAUCGAGCCUGUGGACCGGGAUGUGUACUUUGAGGACGUGCGUCUACAGAUGGAGGCCAAGCUCUGGGGGAGGAGUAUAAUCGGCACAAGCCCCCCAAGCAG